AGCAUUGUCGAGCACUACUCGUAGCUAUUCCCUACUUACAAUGUCCACUCACAAGAAAGUGGAAAGCAAAAUCAAUGUCCGGGUUGCCGUGAGAGUCAGGCCCAUAAACGAUGGAGAGAAAGCGGAAGGGGCUAAGUCAAUCGUUAAGUUGGAUGACAAGAAACUUACGGUAACCUGCAAAAAUAAGAUCUUCUCGUCUUUUGAUAAGGUCUAUGGUCCCAAUACAACCCAAGAGCGUAUUUAUGCCGACAUGGUUUCUUCCCAAGUUGAGCGCGUGCUAGCUGGCUACAAUUGCACACUAUUUGCAUAUGGGCAGACUGGAACGGGCAAAACUUACACGAUGGAAGGGGGCUCGGGAAAGUACGAUUCUUAUCAAGAAGAUCCAACAACUGGUAUCAUUCCACGGGCCGUGGAGCAUAUUUUCGAAGAAUUAGCAAAAUCGAGCACAGAAGAGUACAGUGUUCGAAUUAGCUACCUCGAACUUUACAACGAAGAAUUAUAUGAUCUACUCGCCCCCACUUCGGAUGAUCGGGAACGAUUGAGGAUUUUCGAUGACCCGUCCAAAAAGGGCGUUGUUGUGAUAUCGGGCGCCGAAGAGAUACCUGUAAGAGAUCGGGCCGAAGUUUACCGUCUUCUAAAGAGAGGAGCAGAAAAGCGCACGACCGCAGCCACGCUCAUGAACAUGAACUCUAGCCGAUCCCACUCAAUAUUCACCGUCAGCGUUGUUAUAAGGGAAAACACCGCAAGCGGUGAGGAGCUUGUGAAACAGGGAAAAUUGAAUCUCGUGGAUCUCGCUGGAUCAGAGCAUAUAGGCAGAUCGGGCGCUGAAGGGAAACGAGCCAAGGAAGCGGGAAACAUCAAUCAGUCGUUACUUACGUUGGGCAGAGUGAUCACAGCGCUAACAAGUUCAGCUCCUCAUGUCCCGUACAGAGAAUCUAAGCUGACUCGUCUGCUGCAGGACAGUUUGGGUGGCGCUACAAUCACGUCCAUUAUUGCAACACUCUCCCCAGCCUCUACCAACUAUGAGGAAACCAUAUCUACGCUAGAAUAUGCUGCUAGGGCAAAAUCCAUCAAGAACCAUCCUGAGUGCAAUCAAAAGGUCUCCAGGAAGGCAUUGUUCAAGGAGUAUAACGACGAGAUUGAGAGGCUGAGGCGCGACUUGCGAACAGCUCGUGAGAAGAACGGAAUAUUCCUUAGCCAGGAGAGCUACGAGGGUAUGGAAAAAGAGAUUGCUGCGAAGACCGAGCAGCUGAAUGAACUCGAAGGCCAACUUGACGCUGCCAUAGGGAGACUUCAGAAGUUCAUCGAAGACCAAGAGAUUAUGGAUGAACAGUACCGCGAGCUGUACCAUCGUAACAAGCGGUUGGAACUGAAGCUUCAACAACGAGUCGAUGAGCUCGAUGAUGUCAAAAAGAACUUGGCUGUUACCACCGACCGAUUCAACGCUACCAAGGACGCUUUUGACGAUAUUCAUAAAGUUGCCAAGAAGUUGUCUAAGGAGCUGAGAAUGACUCGCGAAGUCGUCUACGAUCAACAGCUGGAGAUCCAGGAUUGGUGGAACAAGGAAGAAUCUCUGCUGGAUCUGAUCUCGCAAAACAGAGAACUCGUUGAAGCGAUCCAUGAAAAGGUAAAACCUGAGGUGACGGACUGUUGUGCACUGCUGACGGCUUAUUCGAAGGCGUGCAAAGAAAACCGUGAUCGCUACAGCGAAGAAAGAGAAAGGAAUGAUUCAAAGAUGAGCGACCAUCUUGAGAAUAGUAAGAGUUGCGUAAGCAAGGCUGACGAGUUGCAACAGCGAAAGUUACUAGAAUCGGAGAAGCUUACACAAACAUACAUUCAUCAGAUUAUUGCUUUAUCGAAUGAAUCCGAGUCGAAUGUGAGAGAAAAAAUGACAUCACAAGUAUUUGGACUCCAGGCUUUGGCAAAAACGGUUCUACUUUUCUUUGAAAACAUGAUGAAUGAGGCGAAAAGCCUUUCAGAAGUUUUCAAAGAAUUAAGGAAGAGUUCUGAAUUCAUGCUUGAGCAAAGGCGAAAAAUCAUAGAAGAAGAUCGAUGCAAACGGCUCAAUGCUAUAAAUGCACUGCGAGUGCAACGAGAGAAAACUUCUGAGAUUAACGCUUUGGCGAGGGCAAUUAUCGAGAAGUGUAGCGAACACGAAUCGGCUAUUAUGGAGAUCACAGAUAACAUGGAAUCAGAUGCCCAAGAGAAUUUGCAAGAACAUCUAGCGCAAAUUGAAACGUGGUCAUCCGAAUAUCAAGGGCAAGAAGGCGUAGCGCUGGAAGCGCUAUCAUCGCUACAAUUCACACAUGAAAAGGCAGGUCCAGCCGUCAGAGAAGGAAGCUCUUCAAUAUGUGCUGCAUUAGAGGACACCCGUACCACGACGGUUGAGAUUAAUGAGUCUCUCAAGAAAAACGCAGCCGAAUUCGAGCAAGCCCUAACCUCUACUAAUAUAGCCGGUUAUGAAGAAGCGAGAAGUAUACUGGAUUCUAUUGAUCGACUAUGUGACGAGCUGAAAUGUAUCAAAGAUGAAACGAAGAAGGAUGAAGAACAGUAUGGAACGCAGCAGGCGAAACGUGAGCAGACGUUGGUGCAAGAUAUGCGCGAUCGUCUGGGCGUCAUCAACAAAGAUUUCACUGAAAUGGUUGAGGAACACUGGUUGCAUCCACAAAAGUCAGGUGAUACUCCAGCGAAAAAACGGCGUAACAUAGCGGAAGAUGACCAGAUUCCCACUGUACCCAAAAAGGAGGCCAUACUAAAAGAGAAGGGAUACGAAGAAGAGACGCCAAAGAAAUCCAGAUCUCGAACCAGGGAGUCGCUGCUAGAGGUGCAAAACGUUUUCCUAUCACCAGAUACAUUGGCUGCAAAGAGGAAAGCUCGUCUGGAAGAUAUAUCAGAGGAAAGCAGCGUAACUGGAAGCCGCUACGAAAGAAGUAGAUCUGACGCUGAAAAUGCACAAAAUUGAUACCUCGCUUUUUAACAACUCAAAUUUGUAAACAUACCUCGAGUCAAUCAUGCCUAAGUUGUUUCUACCUUCAGACACAUAUUUUUGAGUUGUUAGCGCAGAUAAUGAAUGCGUCGCGGUCGCUGUGAUGGCGCGGUGCC